UGUUGUUGGGACCUGCACAGAGAAAUAUCCAGAGAGGAGCAGCGGCGGCGGCGAGGGGAUAAAAACAACUUACUCCUCAAUAUGGGAUUGUAAAGGUCGAUGAUUGAUCCUCGGACGAUGCAAGAGGACGGGUCCUCACUGUGAAGCCCCCCGGAGUCUCUUUUAAGUUUUGUACUGGUAGGCCCUCCUUCUUCUGCUCCUCCUCCUCUUCCUCUUCGUCACCAUGCUGAGUUUCCUGCGCCGGACGCUGGGCCGGCGCUCUAUCCGGAAGCAUGCAGAGAAGACGCGCCUGCGUGAGGCCCAGCACGCCAUCACACACAUACCAGCCGCCGGGGAAGCAAAGUCAAUCAUCACCUGCCGUGUGUCCCUGCUGGACGGGACGGACGUCAGCGUGGACCUACCAAAAAAAGCCAAAGGGGAGGAGCUGUUUGAGCAGAUAAUGUACCACCUGGACAUCGUCGAGAAGGACUACUUCGGUCUGCGCUUCAUGGACUCUGCUCAAGUCCCGCAUUGGCUUGAUGUAACCAAAAGCAUAAAAAAACAAGUAAAAAUCGGACCUCCCUACUGUCUUCACUUGAGGGUCAAGUUCUACUCGUCUGAACCCAACAACCUGCACGAAGAGCUCACAAGAUACCUAUUUGUAUUACAGCUGAAGCAGGACAUUCUCAGUGGAAAGUUGGAGUGUGAGUUCGACACUGCUGUGGAGCUAGGGGCCUUCUCCCUCCAGGCGGAGAUGGGGGACUGUGACCCGGCAGAGCAUGGUAUGGACAUGGUGUCGGAGUUCCGCUUCAGCCCAGAGCAGACGGAGACGAUGGAGCUCGCCAUCUACAGCACAUGGAAGGAGUGCAGAGGCCAGAUGCCCGCCCAGGCGGAGAUCAACUACCUGAACAAGGCAAAGUGGCUGGAGAUGUACGGGGUGGACAUGCACAUGGUCAAGGCCAGAGAUGGGAAUGAGUACAGCCUGGGUCUGACCCCCACUGGAGUUCUGGUGUUCGAGGGAGAAACCAAGAUUGGACUGUUCUUCUGGCCCAAAAUCACUCGCCUGGACUUCAAAAAAAGCAAGCUGACUCUUGUUGUGGUGGAGGAUGAUGAACAGGGUAAGGAGCAGGAGCACACCUUUGUGUUCCGGAUGGACCACCCCAAGGCCUGCAAGCACCUGUGGAAGUGUGCCGUGGAGCACCACGCCUUCUUCCGGCUGCGGGGGCCCGUGCAGAAGAACUCUGCCCAGUCGGGCUUCAUCCGCAUGGGGUCCCGCUUCAGAUACAGUGGUAAGACAGAGUACCAGACCACGAAGGCUAACAAGGCCCGGCGGUCCGCCUCCUUUGAGAGGAGACCCAGCCGACGGUACUCCAGGAGAACCAUGCAGAACCGAGGACCAUACAAACCCCAAGAGGCUCUAUCGCUGGUCAGCCCCAACAACAACGGAGUCAGCAGAGACGCCAAGCCCCUCCCCUCCAGGCCAGGAUACUCCGGCCUGGCUGUGGUUAGCCCCGCCCCCUCCUCAGCCUGUGGACCAAUGGAGAUCGAGCCUCUGCCCAGGAGUCCUGGAGGAGAGAAGAGAAGUCUUCCCCUGGUGGCCGACCUGCUGGAGACCUGCAUCGAUGACGUCAUCAGGGCCCCAGAGGCCGUUCCCAUGGCGACGGAGACGGAAGAGGCAGGGCCGAGCGGCGCUCACACCUCAUCCUCUUCUAGUGUUGCCGUAGACGACGGCCUGGGUCAAACGGAAGCAGCUGCUCGUUUGAAACAGCUUGAGUUGGAGAACAAUGCUCUCUCCGUGUCAACUCCUCCGAAAAACGUCAAUGUCAACAUGGCGCUGAACAACCUAAAGGAGCUGGGGAAGCUGUCUGAUAAGUCUGUGUUGAGCGCGGUGGGCUCCAGCCCUGUGGUUACUCCACGCCGCCCCCCGGAGGAGCAGAAGAGCAACAUCCUCAAGGCCCAGGCAGAGGCCGCCGCCCACAAGGGCUCUUUGGAAGAUCACUCCACUUUACUGGGAGAUAAGAACUGUAACCUGCAGGCCAGUGCUGGGCUGAAGGUGCGUUCGGGGCGGAUGGGCAGUAACUCCUCCCUGACUCUGAGCAGUCGGCCCGACAGACAGGAGGCCCGAGAGAUGCUCAAACCCUCCAGCCUUGGAUCUUCAGCAGGACCCAGUGUGGAGAUGUUGGGUGAAGAGCCCGGCCCCCCCUGUCUUCCCAGCAUGCUCUCUGAAUCCGGUGCCAACAUGCUGGCUCCGAGGGUGAAGCCAGACGAGAUGGACCCCCCGCCGUCUGAUAACCUGAUCGACUUCACCGAUCCCACCCCUGUGCUCCCUCCGGUUCAGCAGGCUAAACCACUCAUCACCCCACGCUGGAUCAUACCCACCGCUACUCCUUCAUGCGCCUUCACCAAUGGCCUGCUUGACCUCGACCUGACCGCCAGGCUCACCCCACCCCCAGAGAAGGGGCGUACCCCUUCCCCAGCCAUCCCGCUCCUCACCCAAACUCACAACAUCAUCACCUCCAGCAUUGUGGGAGCUCAGCCUGCCCAGGAGGAGGGAGCCAGGCCCAAGGGACUGCUGACCACCGAACUCUGAGGGGAGAUGGAUCCCCCCCCCCCUCUCCCCUCACUGCCCCACGUCUCCCCUCCCUACCUCCCUCCAUCACACCCUCACCCACUCAGCCCACCAGCUCCAACCACAGAGCGAGACACUACCAAACCUCAGCCCCAACACACUACCAAACCCCACUGUAGGCAGACUAUAUAACUAACAGUAGUUUACCCCAGCCUCAAAAGAAUACCCGAAAUUAUUAUUUUCACCCGACAUGUUUUUAAGGAACCACCAGGACCAUUCUUCCUUAGAGCUAGAGAUUAUCUGAGAUGAUGGAUGUUUUAUGUUGGAGGUGAGGAGGAUUGUAAUUUCACUGUAUUUCACCGGGUAUUACUGAACCCAGCACACUUUUAUAGUUCCUCGGGAUGCAGAAACUGUCCGGCAUCGUCUCAUGCAUUCCCUGUAAUGAAGGCUUUCAUUUUGACAGCACGGACUAUUAAUACACGCGUAGAAGAUGCAGCACAGCCACUGGAUAUGAGAUACAAUGUCAAUUUUUUCACUGGAUUAUUACUCAACACUGGACCUGAACUCUCUCCCUGGAAACCCUGGAAAUGGAUUUGUUCACUGAAUCGAUGAGAGAUCUCCAUGUUUUUAUUUCUACUGACGUUUUAAAAAAUGUUCUUAGACCCUUUUUCAUUCCCUUUCAGUUUUUUUUUAAUUCUGAUGAAGGAUAUUUUAGGCAAAACUAUUUUUUGCAAGUCUUCAAGAAGUACAGAGCUCCGGCACUGAGUGUUAUGUGCGUGUUAAGUGUUUGUCUGUUGGUGUUUGUUCCUGCAUGUCUUUGACUGUUACCAAUGUUGAGAAGAAAUAACGAUCUCCCGGCUUUGGUUCAAUAAUCACUGUUUUCUUUAAUUUACUGCAUUACAAUGUCUUAUAGAAGAAUUAAGAACUUUUGUCGGUUCUUGGUCAUUCCUUGUUUGACUAGUCUACCGUUCUUCUUACUGAAGAACACUUACUUGUAAGACAUGACAGCGCUGACGUUACGAUAUUCUGUUUGGAAUCAUUUGAGGUCAAAUCUGUUUUGAUCGUAUUUCCUAAAUGCUGUAUUUCCCAACUGCCUUGGCGAGUGAUUGCCUUUCGAGGUAUCAUCAUAAACAGCUGUGAGAACAUUUCAACAGGUCUUCAGAACAGGAUUUUCCAACGGGAAGGAAAUGGGGAAAUUAUGCCUUGGCUGACCAUUUUAUUUUCCCUGAUUUUGAGAAGAUCUGUCCCACAUGAAACUAUUUGCAUUGCUAAGAAAUUUUGUGUUUGAUCUUUCUGUAACCAUUUGAUGCAGUUAUACACCUUAUGGACUAUCUGUUGUGAUAUCUUCAACAUAUAUGGUAAAAUCAUUGAGACUCAUUUUCUCAAUUUAUCCCAAUUUUGUCCCAAUACUCUGAGCAGCAGGGGAAGACGCAGUCAGUCAAGUAUUGUAGGAACACUUGUGUUUUUCUCCAUACCGUGGCAUCAGUGUACUGUAGAUAUGAAGUAGAUUUAUAUAUAUUUUUAUGAAGAACGGUAACUGUAGCAGUAUUGGUAUGGCCACACACUGAGACUUCAGCGCUGGUUGUUUGCUCCUGUCCUCGAAAGAACUCGAGAGAUAUUUGAUUUUGUUUUUUGUUUCAUUGCUUUUGAGUUUUUUUGUCAUUUUCUGUGAUGAUUGGAAUAUCUCUGAGCUGCGUCACUUUGAAAUUCCAGCACUCUGUAUGUUGGUCAGUGAUAUUUUUUAUGAUCUCACCGUAUGUUGGGAUUAUUGUACCUGAUGAUUUUUUGUCAUGCUGGAUUUACACAACGUUAAGAGAGAUUUCUAACACACUGUGUACCAGAUAGCAUAGUUAAUAGCAAAUAAAAAAGAAAAUCGAUUUUUGUGUUUUCGACGUGCAAAAGGUAAAAUGAACAACAUUAAUUGUAUCUUUAUCUACUCCAACCUUGUAGCCAUAGCCACUGAACAGUUUCAAAUAUUUUCACAAAGUUUAUUCACUAUUUCAAUCCCCAAGGAAGUGCAAUUUUUUGAUGUUUUGCCAUAGCUCUGAGUCAAAAGGUUUUAAUUUAUUCCUGUUUGAAUUCCAGGAUCUCCCUAUAUCCACACUGUAGCGUUGUAAUGGAAUAGGAAGGUAAUGUUGUAAUGGGAAUCCACGCAACAGAAUUGCACUGGUAUACUACAGCGAAAGACCACAU